AUGGGUGAAUUCCAGUUGUACAAAUAUACCCCAACUAUGGCUGGUGCCAUAAUUUAUGGUGUUACCUUCAUCAUAUUAUUGGGAUAUAAUAUUUUCAUUAUUUGCCAAAGUCUCUCAAAAGUCAAUCUCCAUACUGGUGGGUUACGCUCAUAUAACAAGAAAGAUGAAUCCCUCUUAUCUUUAUCACAGAAUCAGGUUUCGUGUUUCAAGAAACAGAUUCUUCCUAUGUUUAUCCCAAUGAUGAUUGGUAUCUUGAUGGAGGCUGUUGGUUAUUUUGCUAGAGCUCUGUCUCAUGGAAAUAAACAAUUGUUGACUCCCUACAUUAUACAGUCUAUCCUUUUAUUGAUCGCUCCUUCUUUUAUUGCCGCUACUAUCUACAUGAUAUUUGGCAGAAUGAUGAGACACUUGAAUGCUUCAGACUACUCAAUUAUUAAAUUCAAGUACCAAACAACUUUUUUUGUUAUUGGGGACGUUUUCAGUUUUUUUGUCCAAUCAGCCGGUGGUGGAAUGAUGUCUCAAAGUGGGAAUCAGGAUCUUGGGCCAAAAAUUGUUAUUGCUGGUUUAAUCAUACAAUUGAUUUUCCUUUUUUUCUUUAUUCUAUCGGAAAUUAAGUUCACGUAUUUGAUCAACAAAAUACCUACGACUGCUAGUUAUGGGAGCACCAAAACCAGCACCAUGGGUAUUUUCCAGCGUAAUUGGAACAAUUUAAAUGCCACUUUGAUAAUCACAAGCAUUUUGAUUGUCGUUAGAUGUAUUGUCAGAGUUGUUGAGUUUGGACAAGGUUUCGAUGGAUUCAUUAUUUCACACGAAGCUUUUAUUUACUUGCUCGAUGGAUUAUUGAUGAUAAUGGUAUCCUCCCUCUUGAUAUGUGUGAGACCAGAGCUGGUAAUGCUUGAAUUAAUGAAUCAUGAAUAA